AUCACUCACUCUCCUCCGUCUCCAGUGUACGUUAGAAUCUUACUGUGGAGAGGACACGCCCCCCUCGCUCUCCCUCUCUCUUCUUUCUCUCUCUAGAUUUGGAGGCAGAGAUCGUCGGUUUUCGCAACAAUGGAGCUGUUCUAUUACCUUGUGUUCGGCGGUCUCGGGCUCGUGGUGGCAGCUCUGGAGCUGAGCAAGAACAACAAAGACCGGAUCAACACUUCUCUGCCUUUCAAUUCCUUCAAGAACAAUUACCUUCUCGUCUACUCUCUUAUGAUGGCCGGGGAUUGGUUGCAAGGUCCGUAUGUGUACUAUCUAUAUCGUACAUAUGGCUUCGGGAAGGGGGAGAUCGGGCAGCUCUUUAUCGCGGGUUUUGGAUCUUCCAUGUUGUUUGGGACAAUUGUCGGAUCUCUAGCUGACAAACAGGGGCGGAAGAGAGCAUGUGUGACUUACUGCAUUACUUACAUUCUGAGCUGCAUCACCAAGCAUUCUCCACAAUACAAAGUUUUGAUGUUGGGUCGUGUUUUGGGUGGUAUUGCCACUUCUCUCCUAUUUUCAGCAUUUGAAUCAUGGCUUGUGGCAGAACACAAUAAGAGGGGAUUUGAACAACAAUGGUUGUCACUUACAUUCUCAAAGGCAGUAUUUCUUGGUAACGGUCUCGUUGCUAUAAUAGCAGGUUUGUUUGGAAAUCUGCUAGUUGAUACCUUGGAUCUUGGGCCUGUGGCACCCUUUGAUGCAGCUUCAUGCUUUCUUGCAAUUGGGAUGACCAUUAUACUAUCAUCAUGGUCUGAGAACUAUGGAGACCCGUCAGAGAACAAGGACUUGCUUACCCAGUUCAAGGGUGCUGCUGUGGCCAUCGCUUCAGAUGAGAAGAUUGCAUUGCUGGGCGCAAUACAGUCCCUGUUUGAAGGUUCGAUGUAUACUUUUGUAUUCCUCUGGACUCCUGCUUUGAGCCCAAACGAGGAGGAAAUUCCCCAUGGUUUCAUUUUUGCAACUUUCAUGUUGGCUUCGAUGUUGGGAAGCACAGUUGCAUCUCGCUUGAUGGCCCGCGCAUCACUGAAAGUUGAGAGCUACAUGCAGAUUGUAUUUGUAGUUUCUUCUGCCUCUCUCCUGCUUCCAAUUGUGACAAAUUUCUUGGUAACCCCAUCGAAGGGGAAAGGUGGAAGCAUCUCAUUUUCAGGUUGUAUCCAGCUUCUUGGCUUCUGUACCUUUGAAAGUUGUGUGGGAAUAUUUUGGCCAUCCAUCAUGAAGAUGAGGUCCCAAUACAUACCCGAGGAGGCCAGAAGCACCAUUAUGAACUUCUUCCGUAUUCCUCUCAACAUCUUUGUGUGCAUUGUGCUGUACAAUGUUAAUGCAUUCCCGAUCACCGUUAUGUUUGGUAUGUGCUCGAUCUUCCUCCUUGUGGCAGCUCUCUUGCAGAGGCGACUCUUUGCGAUUGCUGAUAAGUCAAAGACUGAAGAUUGGACAGCGAUGAAGGAUAAGGAUUCUGAGGCAGAGCCAUUAAACAAUGCUUGAUGUCAAAAUAUAGGACCAGACACAAUUUUUUUGAAGGAUAAAAAGAACCACCUAAUUCUUGCCAUAAACAGAUGGUAGUAUCGGUUUAAUGGAUGGGUAUAAUUCAAAUGUAAUGUGAACGUAAAGAAAAUAGUGGGCUUUCGAUGGAGGAGAAAUGCUGCUAUAAUUGUUUCUCAUCUGUGAUUAAAGCAACAUGGACAAUACUUAGCAUCAGUUCAUCUCCUCAGCUUUUACAGUUGGGAUCUUCAGUGUUCACCUUUGUAAUUUUGAUUGUUUCUUUUUCUAAUAUAUGUCUCAGGAAGUAUCUAUUGAGAUCCUAGUUUUGCUUUUGACAAUUUUUCGAUUCAACUCAAGUGUAAGUGUGAAAUUCUGAUGAUGAUUUUUUAUAAUAUAACGUGGUUCAUAAA